AUGGAUUUUUUGGGUUAUCUGAAUGAGGUUACCAGUCCUUCAGAUAAAUCAGGGGGCCUAAAAUUCAGGCAGUCUCAAUGUACUAAUCUUAACAAGCUAGCUGAGGCUGCAUGCAUGGUCGAUUUGGGGUUCUCUGGAAACCCUUUCACAUGGCAUAAUGCAAGAGAAGGCCUCAGUUUGAUUCAAGAACGAUUGGACAGGGCAAUGGGGAACCCGAGCUGGCUGAACACCUAUCCUAACACUCAGGUAUCUUACCUCGCUCGAACUUAUUCAGAUCAUAGUCCUAUUUUAAUUAGUUUAUUUGAUAAUCGUAAAGGUGGUCCUUAUCUUUUUAGAUGUAAAGCUGCAUGGUUAGAACACUGUGAUUUCACUAGUUUCUUUGUUAACAAUUGGGAUCUACAUAAUUUUGAUUUUCUUAAAGGCAAGAAUGAGUUUCUGGCAAAUGUCAAGAAUUGGAAUCAUAAUAUUUUUGGUAACAUUGCUUAUCAUAAUAUUUUUGGUAACAUUGCUUAUCAAUAA